AUGAUGCAGCAUCCAUGGCGGUGCAAAGUGGUGCCGAUGGUGGUGGUUCUGCUGGCGCCUGUCUGCCACGGCGAUCUCGAACUGGACCGCGAGGCUCUCAUCGCCCUGUACAAUGCGACCGGCGGGCCUGAUUGGACGUACAACGACGGUUGGGCGACGGGUGACAGUGACAUGGCCUCCUGGUACGGGCUCACGAUCAACGAGACCACCUCGUUCGUCUCGAGCAUCUCCCUGACCAAGAACAACCUGGAAGGUAGGUCCUACAUGGUCAGUUAA